GAGAGUGGUGGAUCGUGUACCAUCCUCGUAUGAUGUCAGCCUACUGCAAAUGCUGCACCUUCGACUGCAUAUAAAACGAACGACCAUACAGUAGUUACUCAUUCGUUAGUUUGUGCUCACGAAGAAUACCAAACAUCAUGCUCAAAUACGUGACAAUCGUGUGCGUCGUCGCUGCGCUUUGCGCUGGAGCACCCCAAAAUCCCCAGGAUGUACAAAUCCUGCGUUUCGACAGCGAUGUCCAACCCGACGGAUACAGCUUUGCAUAUGAGACCAGCGACGGAACCUCAAGACAAGAGGAAGGCAAACUUGACAACCCAGGGUCUGAAAACGCUGCCCUUACUGUCACCGGUCAAUACUCCUACGUCGCUCCCGACGGCAAACAUUACACCGUGACAUUUACCGCUGGCCCUAACGGCUUCCAGCCCAAAACCUCCCUUGGACAAAAGUAGAUCGCUGAACCUACGUUACUGGUAUAAACUUAUGACCGUGUAAAUAAUAAUAUUGGUCCUUGCCAGUGAAAUACAUCUUUUUAAUAACAGAAUAAUCGAUCUCAUCUAUUUGCGUAAUGCCAAGCCAAGAAUGAGAAUCACUGUAUCUUACUUGUGCCAUAGGAUACCUUUUGUACAUUUAUCUUUUUGUAAUAAAGCUUUCUUGAAAAAUAAAUAAUUGAAAUA